AUGAUAAAGUUUAAUUACCCAAGUUUGAGAAUGCCGUCUGACGCUGCUGAGAAGAGUACCAUCAUGAAGCUGGUAACGAACGAUGGCGAAACUUUCGAUGUUCCCCUGGAUGUGAUAAAACUUUCUACCACGAUCAAUACUAUGCUGCAAGACCUCGGAUUGGACAGCGAAUCAAGCGAUCCUAUCCCGAUAUGCAACGUAUCCGGUCCAAUCAUGAAGAAGGUGUUAACCUGGUGCACGUUUCACAAAGAUGAUCCUCCUUGUACGGAUGAUUCGGAUAACAGAGAAAAGCGCACGGACGAUAUUCCAAGUCUGCUCGACGUUACCUGUAAAACUGUGGCAAACAUGAUUAAAGGGAAAACUCCUGAAGAGAUCCGACGCACUUUUAACAUCAAGAACGAUUUUACUCCUGAGGAGGAAGAGCAGAUCCGCAAGGAGAAUGCCUGGUGCGAGGACUGA